AUGGAGUCCACGAAUCUCAAGUCAGAUGAUGUCAAGCUCCUGUACUAUGCUGCAGCGGGCUGCGACCAACCCAUAACAUCCGAUAAGCUCGCCAAGAUGCUAGGUGGUGGUCUCAAUGCCAAAGCUGCCCGCAUGCGUCUAGUCCGCGCCCUCGACCGCUGCGAGAAGGAGUUCGGUGCUCUGCCUGAUGUGGAGAACGAUACUGCCGACAAGUCUGCCACCCCUACCAAGGGUAAAGGCAAGCGCACGGCACCGGACUCCGGCAAGGGCAAGCAGGGUGGUGGAUCUGCAAAGAAGGUCAAGUCUGAAGAAAAGGACGACGAUGUUGCGGGCACCACCGAAGCGGUCAAGGAGAACAAAGGAGAGGCUACCAGCGAGUAG